AUGGAUUCAACCGAAAUACCUACACCUGUCUCUCUCGGGGACGUCUCUUUCGAGGCAUUGGUUGAAAAGCUCCUCAGGGUUCUGAAUAUCACGCAACGACCUCAAGGCUCCACGACGAACCAGGCCAAGCAAGAGCUUCUGAGAGCUGUUGAAGAUUUCCGAGACUCGUUGAGACAAGCCAAGAAAGUUGCCACGGAAUUGCCUGGCGGAGAGCUACUCGUGGAAGAACAGGACGAAAUCAUCGUAUUACUAGAGAGGAUACGAAAUCAGAAAAGACAGCAGCUUGAGGUAUUCUCGCAGCGGGUGGCAACGCCGACGUCACGCUUUUUGGCCAUGGACGUUGACUCAACCGCGUCCACCCCAUCGUAA